UCGUUAUCGGGAAACCGGGCCCAGUAUCGCAAAAGGUGCAUUUAGAGAGUUCCUGUCCCUCUGAAACACGCCCAUUGCAUGGAAUGACGUCUGCGUGUGGGAAGUGGGCGGCGUCGCGUGGCGUUGUUGUGUCAACGUGACUGUCAUCAUCAGCCAGCCGAGCCCGUCCGUCGCCCGGAGCCCGUCCUGCGCGCUGCGCUGCCUACUGUAGACAACAAUGUACAGUCGCUGCGAGUGAUCCGAGCCCCGCGCCGCCCCUAUGCUAACCGCACCAACAGGACCGACACACGGCUGCCCAUCGAGAUCUUCGGUCACGCAGACGGGGAUUGUAAUCUUCCAUAUUCACUCAACACAGAGGAUAGCAAGUAGCUAGCAAAUUAGCGUAUAUUUUUCCAGGUAGCGCUGGAUUUUUUUCAGGUAACACCCGGGAAGGCUCUGACAAAGGCGGGGGAAGGUGGCUUGAAAGCUAAGGAUGAAUCGCUUCCGAAAGUGGCUUUACAAGCCAAAGCGGACUGACCCGCAGCUGUUGGCCCAGUUCUACUACGCUGACGAGGAGCUCAACCAGGUUGCCAUGGAGCUGGACGGCCUGGACGGCCGACGGGAUCCGCAGAGGUGCACGCUAUUGGUCAACCAGUUCCGCUCCUGCCAGGAUAAUGUGUUGAACAUCAUUAACCAGAUCAUGGAGGAGUGUAUCCCGGAUGAGCGAGCCAACCGAGACUUCUGUGUUAAAUUCCCCGAAGAGAUUCGUCAUGACAACCUGGCAGGACAACUGUGGUUUGGAGCAGAGUGUCUGGCGGCGGGGUCCAUCAUCAUGAACCGUGAGAUUGAGAGCAUGGCGAUGCGUCCGCUGGCCAAGGAUCUGACGCGUAGCCUGGAGGAGGUGCGCAACCUGACGCGAGAGCAGGCGCUCCGUGACCUCCACAGCUACACACAGCGCAUACGGGACGCCCUGCGACACUUCGACAGCCUCUUCGCCGAGUUUGAGCUCUGUUAUGUAUCAGCUAUGGUUCCUGUGAAGUCCCCUAAAGAGUACUACACCCAGCAAGAGGUCAUCGUGCUCUUUUGUGAGACUGUGGAGAGAGCGCUGAAGCUAGGCUACCUCACACAAGACAUGAUAGAUGAUUACGAACCUGCUCUCAUGUUUACAAUCCCAAGACUGGCCAUCGUCUGUGGUCUGGUGGUGUAUUCUGAAGGCCCUCUGAAUCUGGAGCGUAAGGCAGAAGACAUGUCUGAGCUCUUCAGACCAUUCCGCACUUUACUGAAGAAGAUCAGGGACCUGCUGCAGACGCUGACGGAGGAGGAGCUGCAGACGCUGGAGCGGAGUCUGUGCAUCUCUUCAGGCCUCGGGUUCCCCAGCCCCCCCACAGAACACCCCCCCAGCCCCAGCACACUCCUCACCUGCACACCACACCCACUUGAGCCCGAGGCCAGCCAAUGGGAGGAGGUGGGUGUGGCCCUGCUGGGGGAGACAGAGGAUGAAGAGACGGCUCUUGAGCAGGAAGAGGCGGGGCUUCAGCAGGAAGAGGAAGUGGAGCUGGCGUGCUCCAUGCAGUAUGACGAGGAGGAGUACGAGCAGCUCAACAUGCUGGUGCAUCGCCUUGGCGACCACAUGACAUCAUUGCUGUCCCCGCCCAGCCAGGGCCAGAGCCCCUCCCACUCCAGCUCCGCCUCCAGCACAAACCCCUCCCCCCUGCACACACACGCCACACCCCCCACACACACACACACACGGGAGGACGAGCGAGUCUUCUUAAUGGAUGACCUGGAGGGGGGAGGAGCCAUAGCCACCAUCACCAAUGAGGAGGAGCUCCGCAUAGGCCCCGCCCCCUCCCGGCCCUCGCCCAAUCACACGCCUGGCCCUCCGCACUCCCUCUGCAACGGUUGGGCCCGAGGGGUCGUGCUUGGGAGGGGCGUCGGCCUGCUGCACUCCUGCGUGUGCUGUGCUGGUUGCCAGGACGCCCAUGACAGUGUCAGCCUGGAGACGGCCGCCAUGGCAACGCUGGGUCUGUCGCUAGGGCUGGACAAGAGGCGGUCCGGCAGGAAAGGAGACGUCCAACUGACUCCGCCCUCCCCACGCACAAGCCACACCCCUCACACACUCACUAGCACAGAACACACGGACCCCAGUGAAGACAAGUCAAAGAAUCACAGCGCAGGAGAGCUGCCCGGCCCAGCCUCAGGGUCAAAGGUCAGUCCAGGCAGGAGUGAGGAGAGGACGCCAGAGGACACGCACAGGGACGCCCGAGACAUCAAGAGGAUCAGCAGGUUUCAGGACUCUCCUCUCAGCUCAGUGUCCAGCAGUGACUGUGAGAGUGUGUCUGUCACAACAUGCAGUCUGUCCAGCACAUACACUCCCAGCCCCAUCAGUAGUCUGACCAGCAGCUCUGAGGGACUGGACCAGCAGGAUAUGCAGUUGGCCCUACAGGCCGCCAAGACUGCUGCCCGCAACAAAAUCCGCUCUCGUUUCCAUAGCAGCAGCGACCUUAUCCAUCGCCUCUUCGUCUGUAUAUCAGGUGUGGCAGAUCAGCUGCAGACAAACUAUGCCAGUGACCUGCGGAGCAUCCUCAAGACACUUUUUGAAGUCAUGGCAACCAAAUCUGACCAGGGCGACAAUGACAAGCAAAAAAAAGGCCCGGUGCGUAGCGGUCUGCUGGAAGACUGUGUCCUCUGCCAGGAGAGCAGCUCCUCUUCGGAUGUCACCGCCAAGGCCCAUGAUGAACAGGUCGAAGACCCUCCGGAGUGGGUUCCUGAUGAUGCGUGUAGCUCGUGUGUGUCGUGUAAGGCUCCAUUCACAGUCAUCCGCAGGAAACACCACUGCAGGAGCUGUGGAAAGAUUUUCUGCUCGCGCUGCUCCUCCCACUCUGCUCCGUUGCCAAGAUACGGCCAGAUGAAGCCGGUGCGAGUGUGUACACACUGCUACAUGUUCCACGUCACCCCCUUCUACAGCGACCGCACUGGCAUCUGACACACACACACACACACACACACACACACACACACC